GGCAACCGUGUCCUCCUCCCAUAGCUGAUCCCAGGCUGCAGUGUGAGGAAAGGCGAAAAAGCGAGACUGCAUUCACAGCGAAACUCUUUCAAACAAACCAAAGUGUCGGUUAAUUGCUCACUUUAACUUCUCUGAGCUUGGACACGGGUUAGGGAGUUUUCCUCGCCUUCCUGUGUGUGGGUGAGUUUUAUUUUUAGGGAAAUAAGAGACAGGAGAAAAGUUUUCAGCACGACGGGAAUUUUUUAAUCCUCCAUUUUGAAGCGCGUCACUCAAGUUGUUUGGUUUUUUGACCCUCUGAGAACAUGACGGCCAUCAACACCCCCAACAUCAACUUCAAAUGGGACCCCAAGAGCCUGGAGAUCCGCACGCUGGCUGUGGAAAGACUCCUGGAGCCGCUCGUCACCCAGGUGACUACUCUGGUGAACUCGAGCAACAAAGGCCCGUCCAAUAAAAAGAAGGGCCGCUCCAAAAAGGCGCACGUUCUGGCCGCCUCGGUGGAGAGCGCCACGCAGAACUUCCUGGAGAAAGGCGAGAAGAUCGCCAAGGAGAGCCAGUUUCUCAAAGAGGAGCUCACCGCCGCCGUAGAGGACGUCCGCAAGCAAGGAAAUUCCAUGCGGCAGGCCUCGGGCGAGUUUGCCGAAGACCCCUGCUCCUCGGUGAAGAGAGGGAACAUGGUGCGAGCGGCUCGUGCUCUUCUCUCAGCCGUCACACACCUGCUGGUGCUGGCCGACAUGUCCGAUGUCUACCUGCUCCUUCUGCAGCUCAAACUGGUCGAGGAAAACUUGGCAAAGGUGCGUAACGCAGGGACUGAGCAGGAUCUGGGCAUCCAGUACAAAGCUCUGAAGCCUGAAGUGGACAAACUCAACAUGAUGGCAGCCAAGAGACAGCAGGAGCUGAAGGACGUGCACCACAAGGAGCAGAUGGCGGCGGCGCGCGGCGUGCUGCAGAGAAACGUUCCCCUGCUGUACACGGCGUCCCGCGCCUGCCUGCAGCACCCGGACGUGGCCGCCUACAAGGCCAACCGUGAGCUCAUCUACAAGCAGGUGCAACAGGCCGUCUCAGGAAUCUCCAACACGGCCCAGGGCAUCAGCACCGAGGACUCCAGCCUGGGCCAGCACACGGGGCCGGGAGAGCUCGCUGGAGCACUCAACAACUUCGACAAGCAGAUCAUCGUGGACCCCCUGAACUUCAGCGAGGAGCGCUUCCGUCCGUCACUGGAGGAGCGCUUGGAGAGCAUCAUCAGCGGCGCCGCGCUCAUGGCCGACUCGUCCUGCACACGUGACGACCGCCGCGAGCGCAUCGUGGCCGAGUGCAACUCCGUGCGUCAGGCGCUGCAGGACCUGCUGUCCGAGUACAUGGGCAACGCUGGACGCAAGGAGAGGAGUGACGCUCUGAACACGGCCAUCGACCGGAUGACGAAGAAGACCCGAGACCUGCGCCGACAGCUGAGGAAGGCUGUGAUGGACCACGUGUCUGACUCGUUUUUGGAGACCAACGUUCCCCUGCUGGUCCUCAUCGAAGCCGCCAAAAACGGAAAUGAGAAGGAGGUGAAGGACUACGCCCAGGUUUUCCGCGAGCACGCUAACAAGCUGAUCGAGGUCGCCAACUUGGCCUGCUCCAUCUCCAACAACGAGGAGGGCGUGAAGCUGGUGCGCAUGGCCGCUAUGCAGCUGGAGACCCUGUGUCCUCAGGUGAUAAAUGCAGCGCUGGCCCUGGCUGCCAAACCCAACAGCAAGGUGGCCCAAGAUAACAUGGAUCUGUUUAAAGAGCAGUGGGAGAAGCAGGUGCGCGUGCUCACAGACGCCGUCGAUGACAUCACCUCUAUCGAUGACUUCCUGUCUGUAUCCGAGAACCACAUCCUGGAGGACGUGAAUAAGUGUGUGAUCGCUCUGCAGGAGAGGGACGUGGACGGGCUGGACCGCACGGCCGGCGCCAUCAGAGGACGAGCCGCCCGCGUCGUCCACGUCGUCACCUCCGAGAUGGACAACUACGAGCCCGGAGUUUACACCGAGAAAGUUCUGGAAGCCACUAAACUCCUGACUGAUACAGUGAUGCCACGUUUCACCGAGCAAGUGGAAGCCGCAGUCGAGGCUCUGAGCGCGAAUUCUCAGCCAGUGGACGAGAACGAGUUCAUCGACGCGUCCCGUCUUGUGUAUGACGGCGUGAGGGACAUCAGGAAGGCCGUGCUCAUGAUCCGGACUCCUGAGGAGCUGGAUGACUCUGACUUCGAGACCGAGGACUUCGACUCUCGCAGCAGGACCAGUGUGCAGACGGAGGAUGAUCAGCUCAUCGCUGGACAGAGCGCCCGGGCCAUCAUGGCUCAGCUGCCUCAGGAGCAGAAGGCGAAAAUCGCAGAGCAGGUGGCCAGCUUCCAGGAGGAGAAGAGCAAACUGGACGCCGAGGUCUCCAAGUGGGACGACAGUGGCAAUGACAUCAUUGUUCUGGCCAAGCAGAUGUGCAUGAUCAUGAUGGAGAUGACGGACUUCACCAGGGGGAAAGGGCCACUGAAGAACACAUCAGACGUCAUCAGCGCUGCUAAGAAGAUUGCCGAGGCUGGGUCUAGAAUGGACAAGCUGGGACGUACCAUCGCUGAUCAAUGUCCUGACUCAGCAUGUAAGCAGGAUCUGCUGGCCUACCUGCAGCGUAUCGCUCUCUACUGCCACCAGCUCAACAUCUGCAGCAAGGUGAAGGCCGAAGUGCAGAACCUGGGAGGAGAGCUCGUCGUGUCUGGGCUGGACAGCGCCAUGUCUCUGAUCCAAGCAGCCAAGAACCUGAUGAACGCCGUGGUGUCCACUGUGAAGGCAUCAUACGUGGCUUCCACCAAGUACCAGAAGUCCCAGGGCAUGCAGAACCUCAACAUGCCAGCCAUCUCCUGGAAGAUGAAGGCUCCCGAGAAGAAGCCUCUGGUGAAGCGUGAGAAGCAGGACGACGGCCAGACCAACAGAGUGAAGAGAUCGUCUCAGAAGAAGCACAUCAACCCAGUGCAGGCUCUGAGCGAAUUCAAGGCCAUGGAUAGCAUCUAAGCAGCACCAUAUUCAGUACUCACACAGUCCUGACCUGCACCAUGCUUAGAUUUGGAAAAUUGAUAUAACACACACACCUGAUUGAGCUUAUUCCCACACCACGUCUCGGGUAAUGAGCUCAAUGAGGCGUGGUAAAGCUGUGCAGGACGGUUAGCUUUAAACCACUGCUGUAGAUUCAUCCAUGUGGGCUGCUUUUUUAUUUCAGAGAUCAUUCCUCUGCGUUAGAAAGCUACAGAUUUAUUUCCUCCUGCGUCUAUUUAUUCCACGCAUUCGUUCUUCGGAGAUCAUCUUUAGACACCAGUCUCUCCUUUCACGCAGGUAUAAGAAAAAAAAAUGGAUGAGGGAACUUUUUAAACCUUCUACUCUGUACUGAUUAUUUUCCUAAUUUGUUGAAAUGUUUUAUUCGUUUUUUUUACUUAGUUCUGUUUCAUUGAUAUUUGAUAUUAUGAGCCUUCAAACAUUUUCUAGUCUCAAACCUAUGCAAACUCAUAUUGCCUUACUUCCUUAAUCACAUGCAAUAAUUCCAGAGCGUCUGAACGCCCAGUUCUCGACAAGACAGUUUUAGUUUUGAGACCAAAGUAAGUGUCUAUCCUGUAUUUCUACUCAUAUUUUUGCAACUAGUUUUAUAUUAACCAUUGAUUUAAAAACACUAAAAGGAGCUUAUGAAACAUUCGUAUAUUUAGCGUAUUUUUAAAUCAACCUGAAAUUGUUGCUUACGCUAGAACUUUAACUGUUUAGCCAGUUCACGGUUAUGUUUUUACUCCAUUUCAUCAUUCCUCCAGAUUCAGGGGCGUCCUUUUCCUCUCUGACUUGUUUAAAAAUGAAUCUGCAGCGUCCUUAUUUAAAAAACGCUUUUGGCUAGAAGUCGGAGCCGCAAACACUCGAGUGAGGUUGAAGUCGAUCCCCGAGAGCCACCAAGCACCAUUGAUCUUAAAUGAGAGCAUCCACUCCAAAAUUGGCCCCCAAAUCACUGCUCUGCCCAUCAGCAUGCCACACACACACGCGCACACACACACAUGCGCACGCGCACACACACACCCGAGUCUCUCGGUCACUCAGUGUAUUAAACGCAGACAGAAACCUAAACCUAACUCUAAUGUUCAGUUGUCAUUUGUUCUCGCUUUUUUUUUUUUUUUUGGAAUGAAUAUGAAUGAAUUUUUUGGAUAUUCUCAUCUCGACUUCAUUUUUUGUGAUGGUGGAAAAUAUAUUUUACAUCAGUGAAAGCAGUGAAAGCAGGGAACAUGUUGGAUCUGAUCUUUGCUGCACUCGAGUGUAUCUAUAAUGAAAUAAAGAAAUAUUUAGGUGGUUUGAGUGAAAGUGACUUGAGAGAAGGUUAAAGGAUGUUUGAAUAGUUUGUGUUUAAAUUUCAUUUGCAACUUUAUUAAAAUCACAAUCUGCGUAUUUGCGUUUUGAUCAGAUUGGUUUUGAGUUGCUUUAUUUUUUUUAAAAAACAAAACAAACACUACACACGUAUACGCAGUGUUUCUGCUUUGCCGUGAACAAGCUUGAUCAUUUGAUUCUUUUCAUACAGGUUGUAUCUCCUUUAAAUAAAAAAAUAAAUAUAUUCAAUGACA